AUGUCCAAAGCAACUGAUACUAGGAAAUCGAUUAAACUACAUGCUUUUGGUCCUGUGAAUAUUGAUAAAAUACGGAUAGAAUUCAAGGAACAGAUCGAUAUCAUCCGGUCCAUUUGCUCCCAGUUUGAAACAGAAGUACUUGGAGAAGUGAUGAAAUUAGGUCCCGGCGCUGAUCCCACGUUUCGAAAACACUUUAACCAACUCAAGGAACAAGCAACUACGGAAAGUACAGUCUUGCGCCUUCAAGAAUAUCUUCAACAAUCAAAUGAAUGCCUAGAAAAAGCAAUUUAUGACAAGGAAGCAUCGAAACCAAAUGUUAAAGUAAAACAAUUAGAAAAAUUGGCAAAAUCCAUGGGACUUGUCUCAUUUGUAGAUUCUUCUCAAAAAGAUUCUAGUGUACCUUCGACAACUAUUACUCUUGGAGGAACUGUCAUUGUAGUUGAUAUUGAUAUUGAUGAACAUGGACAAGUUCAAAAAACAAAGGUUACAUUUGUACCUGAACACUUGCAGAACGAUCAUGAUGAAAACUUGGAUUUAUUACUGGCAAGAAAUUUACAAACUAAAGACUUGGAAGGUUUCAAACGGAAUUUGGGUACUUUGGCAUUACUAGAUCGACUCAAUGUAGAAUAUGCACCAACUGAUUUUUUUACGAUUGUUCGCAACCUAUUCAAAGAUUUACAAACAAACUGUGGACAUGAAACAUUACUCUUAUCAAACAAUCUGUUGGAUGUAUUAUUGGAAGGUCAUGGUGUACCUAGCUUUAAUUUGGAUUAUCCAGGGAUCUCUAUCGCUUAUUGGAUCGACAAAGUCAAGGCUAAAGAUAUAGAUUGGGAUGAUGUUCGUACAUCGGUUGAAAAUGGAAAAGAUCACACAGCUUUACUUCAAGCAGCCAAGAUAUUAAUCUCAUUUGAAGAAUCAAAAACAUUACAACAAUUCCUACCAUCACAUCGAUCAAAUUACAUGUUGGCAUUUGAUGAAUUGGAAGAAACAAUCAAUAGCAAUGAAGAAGACGAAUUCAAAGUCAUACGGGAAAUCAAAUGGCCAAAAUUCAUGCAACCAUUACGAUUUGUCAAACCAAUAUCUUCAAACAGUACGAAGGCAAUCCCAAUACGAUUUGUCGCUAAACUGGAUGUCCCUGUUCCGGCAUCAGAUACCAUUGUGCAAAAACUCAUGGAAUCUACUGGCCUUUUGAAAGAUAUCUUACAUUUUUCUCCAUCUUCAUUUUUUUAA